CAAGCACCUAAUGUAAGGGAAUGUACAAGACAACAUAUAUAUAUAUAUAUAGUUGGAAAGAAUACCAAACAAGCAUACAAAGAUUAUUCUUCUAGAUAUGUAUUGGGAAAUAAUGGCUGAAAAUAGGGGGUGGGGGCUCAUGGAAGAAGGCUGGAGAAAGGGCCCUUGGACCGCUGAAGAAGAUAGGUUGCUUGUUGAGUAUGUGAAAUUGCAUGGUGAAGGUAGAUGGAACAAUGUGUCUAGGCUUGCAGGGCUGAAAAGGAAUGGGAAAAGCUGUAGAUUGAGAUGGGUGAAUUACUUGAGGCCAGACCUCAAGAGGGGGCAAAUAACCCCUCAUGAGGAGAGCAUAAUUCUUGAGCUGCAUGCUAGAUGGGGUAACAGGUGGUCAACAAUUGCAAGAAACCUGCCUGGAAGAACUGACAAUGAGAUCAAGAACUACUGGAGAACUCAUUUCAAGAAAAAGGGCAAGCCCUCCUCCCAAAACGCCGAGAAAUCACGGGCUCGUCUUCUUAGGCGGCAACAAUUCCAGCUGCAGCAGCAACAACAACACCAGACCAACACAAAAACGAUCUUGCCUUCUUUUGACGAAAACGACAACAAGCUGCCGACUUUCACUCAGCUGAUGAGGCAAGAAAUUGUGCUCCCAAGCACAUCCGACGAGCAAGGGCUGCUUUACUCAAUGAUCAACAGCUGUGCAGCCGUGCCGGAGCAGGCCUCCAACGAGGAUAUGCUCAUGUGGGAUGGCCUGUGGAACUUGGAUGAUCUACAUGGGAAUAUCACAAACAGGGCUUAUUACCAGCCGGCUUUAGCCUCGAAUUUCUGUUGAGUUUUCAUACGUAACACUUCUGAUAAUCUCCCACUUUCGUUGUUGAACAAAAACAUCGAAAACCAAAGAUGGUUUUCAGGCUUUCCGGCUUAUGAUUUCAUGUUUUUGCAGCAAUCUCCAGGCUAAUAAGUAAGUUGUAUUUUAUUAAGGCAUCUGGAGUGGUCUGGCUUAUCAAGGAACUGCUA